AUGGGGAAAUAUUCCGGAAAAGCAAGACCAGUAGCCGUUACAGUGACAACAACAAGUAGGAAAAUAGAGUUACUUAAAAAGAAGAAAUCAUUAGAGGGUACAAACAUCCAUCUGAAAGAAGAUUUCCCCCCUAACGUGCUACAAAAACGAAAAGAAUUACAAGAAGAGUUUAAACGCGAGCGAGAGGCGGGGAAAAAAGUAGUCCUAUGGUACGAUAAAAUUGUGACUCUAAGCCCACGAAAAUCAGAAGCCCAUACACCAACAGAAAGGAACACAAACAAACGUUUCAUGUCUAUAUCGCCGGAAGAAACCACGAACGAAACAAGAAAAGAUUGCAACAACGAAAAGACUAAACAAUUACCUAAAAGAAACAAGUCACAACCCAUAACUAGUUUCCUACGCCCGCCACAGCUAAACCUCAAUGACCCGACUCUACCGACUGAAAAUAGGGAAGGGAUCCAAAAAAACUAA